CUUAAAAUGAACAAUUCUUCGCUUAAAAUGAACACACAUUCGAUUAGAAGUUUUCAUUGAAAAAAGCCUCUCAAAAUAUUUUUUUUAAAAAAGAUGCACAUUUUGCUGACGAAAAGUUAGUCAAAUAUAGACUCCCUUUAAAGGACGUAAUUUUACAAAUAAGUUAUUCAUCGAUAAAAAAACCAAAAAAAGAAAAAAAAAAGGAGAGAUACACCACAACUGACAGAGAGAGGCUAAAAGAGUCAUGAUUGAUUUGUUUUCAACUGGUCUAUGUGUAAUUUAGUGAGGGCAGAAUGUUAGUUUGAUGAAAUCCAAAAAACAAAAGCUAUAAAAUCCAAGGAGACAGAGCACCAUAAACUAGUUGAGUACGAAGGCAUAUAAACCAGAGCAAGACAACAACAAAGUAGAGGACAUACUUGUGACUAGGAUUAUUAAGAUUCCACUCUUCAUAUUCCAACUCAUUGCAAGCACAUAGAGACAGAAACUCCCCAUAAAAGUGACUCAAACUAUAGUACUUUGAAAACAAGCGAAAAACAAUACAAAGAAGAAUGGUCAAUCCUCAUGUUUUGGUGGUACCUUAUCCAGCACAAGGCCAUGUAAUUCCUUUGCUUGAGCUUUCAAGAUGCCUAGUUGAACAUGGUGUCAAGGUUACAUUCGUAAAUACCGAGCACGUUCAUAUGCAAAUGAAAGAAGCAAUCACAAUGGAGGGAGAUACAGGGAGUAAAAUUCAUCAGGUGUUUAUCACUGUUGGUUCGGAAGAUGGGAAAUACUCAUCAGGGAAGUUGACUGAAGCAAUUUUGAGGGUCUUGCCCCGAAAAUUGGAGGAGCUUAUUGAAGAUAUUAAUGGAUCAAAUGGCGAGAGUAUUACAUGUGUUCUUGUUGAUCAGACUCUUGGAUGGGCCCUGGAAAUCGCGGAGAAGAAGGCGAUUAAGCGAGCUGCCUUCUGCCCAGCUGCAGCUGCACUCUUGGUACUUGGGUUAAGCAUCCCAAAGCUGAUUGAUGAUGGAGUUAUCGACAAUGAAGGAACUCCCACAAAGAAACAAGUGAUUAAGCUAUCACCAGAUAUGCCUGCCAUGAACACGCAGGAGUUUGCGUGGGCAUGCCUCGGACACAAGGCUAUGCAGAAAAAUGUGUUUGAGCUUAUGCUCAGAAACAACAAAUCAAGGAAAUCAGCAGAGUGGUUACUUUGCAACUCAUCCUAUGACCUUGAGCCUGCAGCAUUUACCAUGACUCCACACAUUCUACCAAUAGGUCCACUUUUGGCAAGCAAUCGGCUCAAACUAGACUUUGCAGGAGAAGACUCUUGCUUGACUUGGCUUGAUCAACAAGCAACACGGUCUGUAGUGUAUGUUGCUUUUGGUAGCUUAGCAGUUUUUAAUCCAAUACAGUUCAAAGAAUUGGCCCUGGGGCUAGAACUCUCCAAUAGACCAUUCUUGUGGGUGGCAAGACCCGAUAUGAUACACGCUGAAAAUGAAGUCUACCUGAAAGAAUUCAAUGACAGGGUAGCUACUCAAGGACUGAUAGUAGCUUGGGCACCUCAACAGAGGGUUCUGUCCCAUCGCUCCAUCGCUUGUUUUGUGAGCCAUUGUGGUUGGAAUUCAAUCAUGGAAGGUUUAGGAUAUGGAGUCCCUUUCUUAUGCUGGCCUUACUUCGCUGAUCAGUUUCUUAAUCGAACCUACAUUUCAGAGAUUUGGAAGAUUGGUUUGGGGUUUGAAAGAGAUGAAAGUGGUUUCAUAACAAGCAGAGAAAUCAAAAAUAAGGUGGAGCAGCUGCUAGGAAAUGGGGAAAUAAAAGCAAGGGCUUUGGAUAUCAAGAAACUGGUUAUGGAUGGCAUCAAAGAAGGUGGCGGCUCAAACAAGAAUUUCAAGGAUUUUGUUGAAUGGAUAAAGGGAUUGGUAUAAGUUCUUCCAUCUCUUGGAUGUCACAUUGAAUUAUCUAUGUAAAUGGGAAAUCGAUAAGCAAAUAAAGCUCUAGAUUUAGAGAUAAUACCCAUCUCAAGUUCAACUACUGCUACGCUUGUACGUAUUUGAAUUGUUAACAUGGUUUGAGACGCAGUUAUUUUCGGAAUAAAUAGGCUGAUACCUCUGCUGGUGAUUGAAGUUUCAAAA